UAGAGAUACAGUAUCAAAAAUAAAAUUGUCUUCCGUGAACAACACUUUUUUUUAUUUCGACACUAACCGCAUUUUUCUCAUCUUAUCAUUUCACUCAAUAAUAUUUUAGAAUAAGGUGUAUCGUGGUAACUCACACCAACGAACUCAUUUAAAAGAGUUCAAAUGGCACGUCCUAAUAAAUAUGUAUUUACAUUGAAUUACAAUUUAAAUUUAUUUACAUAUUGAUAAAAUGAUAAGAUUACUAAUUAUCAUGUUUGCAACAAUUUUGAAAAAUAUUUAUUUGCGUUAUUGCAACAUUUUGCCAUGUAAAAAUGUAUAUUACUGUCUGCGUAUAAGGAAGAUCGAAGAUUUAGAUUACUAAAUUACAAAGCCGUCUAAAAAAUUCGAGAUGGCAGAACUUAGGAAACGUUUGACAUUUAUUUGUGUUCCAUUAAUACAUACUGGAACGGCAGUGACACCGAUCUUCGAUGCUCUUGUCAAAGUUACUGAGCCAAGUUUUGUGCGUGGGGUUAUGCAAAUGGUGGAUCUUGUGUGUGGUGAUAAAGUUAACUUUUCUGAAAUGGCCUGCAAAAGUUGCCAAUGUCUGGAAAAUAGUUUGGGAUUUAAAUGCAGUAUAAAAUUCGGUUGUUCAGCACCUACUGAAGUAAAACAAUUAAAACAUGACCCAGAUAGAAAUGAUACUAGAAAAGAAAAACCUUGCCCACCUUUACUUUUUUUUCACCACUACUGCAAUACCUGUGCUUGUUCUGCUGAUGGACGCAACAUAGCUUGCACAGUUAAAUCGUGUCCUCCUAAUAUGUUUAAUAUUGACGGCUCUUUGUCAAAAAACGGUCUGAACACAGAUAUAGUACGAAACAAAGAAAUGGAAAGUAUAUACAGCAUUCUUGCAUCAGCAAAACAAAAAUUAAUGGGAGUUCCCAUAAAAGAAUAAUUAAGCAAACAACUUUUUGGAUUUGAACAUUGAGCUGAUGGUACUGUAAAUUGGACAGAAUUCUUUUCAAUUUUCCCGCCAAUUAAAACAUUUGUAAACGGUCAAGAUUAAAUCAAUGUUUCUAUUAUGUUAUAAUCAUUACAAUUAUUCACUGGUAUAUAUUAUUACACACAAUGAUAAAAUUUGUAAAAGUGUUCAUUAAAAUUGUAAUAAUAAAAAAAGUGUCUAGA